CUCAACUCCAGCUCUGAUGGUCAUGUAUUGUCUUGAAAGCGUUUGAUUGCGCCCACUAUCAACCUUUUCCCUCCUUCAGGCUAGUUUAUUCUUCGAGCCUCAAUCGGCUUGAUGCUUGCUCCCAAGCGCCAUUACUCACAUCACACCACUUCUGUUCCAUUAUUGCUCCAUUUGUGUUCAUAAAUACCUUUCAAGCUAUUUAGCAAGUCUCGCAUUUAAGCCUCAAGGAUGUCUCCUUCCAGCACAAGCACUACGGUACUCAAUGCUGCUCUGUCGGCAGUCGCGAUAGCCACUAUGCUGCAGCACAUGAUGAGAGAGACGAGCGAUACCAAGGAGGUAGAAGCUCAAAAUACUACGAAACACCUUGGACCUUGGUCUUCUGCGGGUAGAAAGGCCAUUUAUUUAUGGAGACAACCCUCACCACCACUUGGUCCUCAGGUAACUGCAAGACUCGCAGACAAAUUCUGCGGAAUCAACGAUGUUCAUCUAUCACGCGUUCCUCAUGGAGAGACGGGGACUACCUGCUGGUCCAUACUCCUUGGCACGAUUCACCCUCGAGCCCUCUCUAUCGACUUCUCUGAAACGGUGCAAGGGAAAGCAGUCACGAGAACAAAUGUCUCCAACGACUGGUCCCAGAUACAUCUCGUCGCUCUGGUGAACCACGAGUCACAAUUAUGUGUUAAGAUUUCUCGUGCAACUCUAAUGACUCUGUUUGCACUCACCAACGCACGUCCGAUCUAUCGCUACUCCUCUGCAGCAGGCCAUCGCUCUGCUUACCCCUCUUAUUGCGGGCAGUGGACCAUUUCAUGGCCGAUUGGGAAGCCUUGUGUUGUGCGCUUUGCUCCGCAUGACCGUCACAGUGCUGCUACUGACGUCUACCCACCCUCUCUCCCAGCACGGGUUAAUAAAUGCGUCGAGAUGAUGGCAGGCAUAGUCUCAGAUGGAGCCUGGAAAGUUGCCUUUCCGGGACGCGCAAAGCACGCAGGGCCAUGGCUUUUGCAAGAGCGACCAAAGGGUUUCGGAGGAGCACAUGGCACUCGGCACUUGUAUAAUAUGCAGGGUGGAAAGGUCUUCGAAGUCGAUUUGCUUGCUCUGGUACCAUGGACAUUCAAUGAACAUGAAAACGCGGUGAAGCUGGAGAUCCCGGCCUUAGGAGAGGCGACCAAUCAUGCCGUUCUAUAUGUCCCUAAGCAUGAAGCACAGGUUCUAGCAAAAGCUCUUGACUGCCUACCUUGGUCAUCGCUACCUUGGUCUCUUCAUCGGGGGCUGAAAGAUGUUCUUCUUGCUCAUGGCAAGCCCGUCAUGAACCAGUAUCGAGUGCAGUUAGCGUCUGGGUUUCAAGCUGGCGUUCUGGCAAGUAGGGCUGCAUUAAUCGAAAGAGGUUGGGCAUCAGAGCUUGUUGAUGGGCCCAUGGCGAGCAUGGCAGAAUCGGCAAUUUUAUCGGGGAGCGGUAAUAGUGGAGAUGUGGUCAGAAUUGUUGUUGCGAUCGUGGAAUGUCUGCUUCAACGUGUCGGAAUGGUGGACAAAGUUAACCUAGACAGGACUGAUUUUUGGUCCAGGCAGCUAGAGACCUCAGGCAGUUCUGGACUGGCUGCAUUCUAUGCUGGAGAGCAGUUUCGUGCUGCUGAUAUGGAUAUUCUUGUAGCGUUGACAAAGUUUUUUGUGCUGGAGUGGUCACAGGAACUCGACUACCAGCUCUACCAUGAUCUGCCUGUGGAGAUAUUGUUGGCUUAGACUGUCAACCGCAUUAGCUUUCUGGUCCAAUAUCUCUUCUUUUGAAAAUGCAAGCAAAUUCCGCG